AUGAGUCACCAGAGUGUCGCACUUAACUUAAACACGAGAUCACAGCAUGGGCCAAAAAGCCCUGGCAGGACAGAAGGUGAAACUGGGGAUGGAGACUACGGCACAGACCUGCUUGAAAAUGAGCUCAGCGUAGGCGACUUUGUGAAAAUACAGAGGGCCUUUGAGUACAAAGUACAUUCAGUAUCCUCAGUCAAUUCAUCACCUCCUGAGCAAAGGCAGCAGCUGAGAGCUUUCUUCACCCCAGCUCCCUUAGUGGAAUCAAAUACCUAUUUUGAUGGCAGCAGAAAAAUCAGUGCAGCUCUGCAGGUCCUCAUCCUCAGCAUUAAGGAGAGGAACCCCAAAAUUAGGGAAUUUGAGUCUGUACAGCGUAUAGGAUGCAUGCCUCCUUCUGCUCUAGAGGAAGAUUCUCUCAUUUUUCUGGGCAUUACUUACAAUGCAUCUUUGGAUGCUAUCAUUUCAAGUACAACCAGCAGUACAAAUACUGUGGUGCUGGCUUGGAGAGAGAAAUCAACAAAGCAUCUUAAAAUGACAUGGCUCAACAUUGCCCAGGGCAUUCAUGCUUUUGAUUACCACUCUCGGCUCAAUUUAAUUGCAACUGCUGGCAUUAAUAACAAAGUUUGCCUGUGGAAUCCCUAUGUUGUCUCUAAACCAGUUGGUGAACUUUGGGGUCACUCAGCCAGUGUGAUAGCUGUCCAGUUCUUUGCUGAAAGAAAACAACUUUUCAGCUUCUCCAGAGAUAAAGUUUUGAGGCUCUGGGAUAUUCAGUACCAGCUGUCCAUCCAGAGGAUAGCCUGUUCUUUCCCCAAAAGUCAGGACUUCAGAUGCCUUUUCCACUUUGAUGAAACCCAUGGACGACUUUUCAUCUCGUUAAGUAAUCAGCUAGCAUUAUUGGCAAUGAAAAAUGAAGACAGUAAGAGGGUGAAAAGUCAUGCAAAAGCCAUCACUUGUGUUCUUUACAAUUCACUCUUGAAGCAGGUAAUCAGCUCUGAUGUGGGGUCUACUGUUUCCUUCUGGAUGAUAGACACUGGGCAGAAAAUCAAACAGUUUACUGGUUGCCAUGGCAAUGCGGAAAUCAGCACUAUGGCCCUGGAUGCAAAUGAAAUGCGGCUUUUGACUGGCAGCACAGAUGGGACUGUAAAGAUAUGGGACUUUAAUGGACAUUGUCACCACACACUAAAUGUUGGGCAAGAUGGAGCUGUCGAUAUUUCACAGAUUCUGGUUCUUAAGAAGACAAUACUGGUACUGGGCUGGGAAAGAGCUAUUACUGUGUUUCGACCCCAGAACUUCAAUCAAUUUUUCAUCCAGUCUGAAGAAUGGAAAGGAGGAGUACAGCACCAUGAUGACAUCUUAUGUGCUGCAUUUUUGCCUCCGCAAAUGCUUGCUACAGGGAGCUAUGAUGGAGAAAUUAUUCUGUGGAAUAAUAGUACAGAAAAUGCUCAUAAUGUCCUUCACCCUGGUUACCAGAGGCUGCUAAACUCAACAUUAGAUACAAAACCUCAAAAGCUCAGUCCUGAGAAGAGCUCCUACCACACCAUGGUAGACCAGGCUGCCUUUGAGAUUGACACUGAGGGUAAUAAUGCUGUUAUGAGGCUUUGUUUUCUUGAAGCAAGAAAAAACAUUGCAGCAACAGGAGGAGCUAACCUAGUAUCAUGUGGAGGGUCUGGUUAUGUAAGGUUCUGGGACACAUUUAAGAAACACCUUCUGGCUGAAUUUUUAGCUCAUAGUGGAGCUGGAUCUAUUAUUAUGUCUACUGAUAAGUUGAAUCGAUACCUUACCACAGGAGAUAGUGAUGGAUGGUUGAAAAUAUGGAACAUAGAGGAGUACUGCCUAAACUCCAGUAAGAACAAAAUCACAGAGACUCCAAGUCUGUUAAGAUCAUUCCAACCUCAUGAGGACCAGAUAAGAUCCUUGGAGAUGUGCGAGCCAGGUGGUCGGUUACUGAUUGUCUCCUGUUCUGCUGACUGCAGCAUUUGUGUGACUGGGCUCUGUAAUGCUCCUAUUUUGAUCUUUGGUCAGGCAAAGCAUUGGAAUAUUGAAAACUGUCUUUCUCUUCCUAAAAGAGAUACUAAUUUAGUAGAAAGUGAGAUUCAAGAGGAAAACAUAAAAGUAAAACCUAUAUUUUCUAAAGAGGAGUUAUGCUUACACCCAGCUGGACAUUCUGUAUGUAAUAAGAACAAUGGAGAUGACUCAACAUGCAAUGUCAGACCAUCAGAAGACUUAAAUUUAGGUAUGAAAUAUAAGGGAAGAAACAUCUAUAAGAAAAAAACACAGAAACUUUACUAUGGAGAAAUUAUACAAAAAUCAACCAGCACAUUUAGGUCGUUAAGCAUUGGAGCCCUGAAAGAGCUGCCUGAAGUGAAUAAGCCUGCUUUUCUUCUAGACCCUGAGAGAUACUUUAGGGAAGAAUCAGAGGAGGAGGAUCCCCAAGUUCCAGAGCUUCCUUUACUUUCUGAAAACAGGGGGGAUCUGGGGACCAGUCAGGAGAAAGAGAUCCAGGGAACCAGCUCAAGGCUAUAUGGACAGUCCAGAUACAGGAGAGGCUUACAGGAGGAAAUGAAGAUGGAGCAAGAAGUCAGAAUUGAG